AUGGCAGGAUGCAGAUGGGUUGCGAGGCAAUGUGCCCGCCAGCUUCGCUCACCUUUGCGUCUAUCCUAUGCCCGAACGGUCGGCCACAGCGCCGCUCGUGGUAGUAUUCCCGCUCGGAGAACAUACGCGACCUCCGUGGCCGCCGCGGAGCUUCAAUUUGGGCAGCCUUUGCACGAAACGCAUCCCCAUCUCCUCAGCCCCGGUGAAUUGACUCCCGGAAUCACCGCCGUCGAAUAUGCGCAGCGUCGGUCCCGUCUCGCCAACAAGCUUCCCAAGGGCGCUGUCGCCGUGCUUGCAGCGUCGGAAGUCAAAUACCGAGCCCCCGGAAUCUUCCAUGAGUACAGACAAGAUACAAACUUCUACUACUUGACGGGGUUCAAUGAGCCAAAUGCCCUGGCAGUGAUUGGGAACGAUGGCUCUGGGGACAAUCAUAUCUUUCACCUUUACGUGCGCGAGAAGGAUCCAAAGGCUGAGCUCUGGGAGGGUGCCCGGUCCGGCACCCAAGCCGCAGUGGAUGUUUUCAACGCCGAUGAGACAGGAAACAUCGAUAAAAUAGCGGAUAUCCUCCCCAAGAUCAUCGCUAGCGCGACAGAGGUCUACUCCGACAUUCCUGCUUUGGAUGGUUCACGAUCUUCGCUGCAUCGAUACCUCUAUGGCCCCACCGUUGCGUCCGAAAAGCUCAAGAAAAUCGUCGAGCAUCGAAGAGUCCGCCCACUCAAGCCCCUCUUGACAGAAAUGCGAGUUUGCAAGAGCGAGAAUGAGGUUGUGCACAUGCGCUUGCUAGGCCAAUCAUCUGGCAGAGCAUUUACCGACUCAAUGCGAAAGACAUUCGAGACCGAGAAGGACCUCUGCUCGUAUCUGGAGUACCAGUUCAAAGCCAAUGGCUGUGACGGAAAUGCCUUUGUGCCCGUGGUCGCAGGUGGAAAGCACGCCUUGAGCAUCCACUAUACGAGGAACGACGAUAUCCUUCGGGACGGCGAUUUGGUCUUAGUUGACGGUGGCGGUCAGGAGCACGGAAACUACAUUUCAGACAUUACUCGCACUUGGCCGGUGAACGGCAAAUUUACAGACCCCCAACGGGAUCUAUACAAUGCCGUCCUGAAUGUGCAUCGAAGUUGCCUUGCUCUCUGUCGGGAGAGCUCGAAAAUGUCAUUGGACAAGCUCCACGGGGUCGCCGAGAGCGGACUGAAGGAUCAAUUGAAGCAGCUUGGAUUUGAUGUUUCUGGAGAUGCCAUGGGUAUCCUUUUCCCACACCACCUAGGCCAUUACAUUGGACUGGAUGUGCACGACUGCCCCAGCUACUCCCGAGGAUAUGAUCUCAAAGCAGGUAAUUGUAUUACUAUUGAACCUGGUAUCUACGUCCCUGACGAUGAGCGCUGGCCAUCGCACUUCCGGGGCAUUGGGAUUCGUAUUGAAGACAGUGUUUGUGUGGGUGAUGACCAUCCAAUCGUUCUCACUCCCGAAGCCGUCAAAGAAGUUGCCGACAUUGAGGCUUUGCGCUCAUAG